AUGUGGCAUCUGGACGACUCCUCAAGGUCCACGGUCUAUGUUCGUCAUUGCGACAGGUAUCUGCCAUUUGCCAGCCAGCGCUCUUGCGUGAACGCAGUCUUCCACCUUGAGCGGAAAGGUGAAUACUACUUUCAUGGCAAGCUGCUCAUGGUCUUUCUGGUGAACAUCCUCAGCCUGUGCGUCUUCGCAAUUUCAUUGGAGGAUGUUAGUGGACGAUUGCGGCAUCUGAGCAGGUGUUUUCUUGCCGUCCUGGCAUACCGCUACGUCAUCGAUGGAACAUUGCCCCGGAAAGAAUACCUCACAGGUGCUGACGCAUACAUUGUACUUGCUUGCAGCUUCCAAGUCCUCCUUGUCAUUGAGACGGUUCUCUUUCACAAGUUUCUCACCAUCUUUCUGCAAGACCCUAUCUUGGUUGACAGGUAUGUUGGGCUGUCUCUUCUGCUGGUAUGGUGCAGUGUGAACUGUCUGUUGCGUUGGCUGUGGCAGCAUGACACCGGCAGGAGCAACUGGGAAAUCUGGGAAGCGAUCUACAAGAAAGGUCGUGAACCAUAUGCGCCGAUCAAUCGGUGCUCAGACUGUGGGGAGAUGUGGCUAAGCAAGCAAUGCGAGCACUCGAGCAAAAGGAAGCAGUGCAUCAAUUGGCCGGAUUGUUUUGGUGAGAACACUGGAGCAACAGAAAGCAUCGCGACUAUCUACAAAACUCCUUUGCACCCAAUUCCGGCUAUCGUGGAGCCACAAGCCUUCCCGAGACCACCACCUCACUUGAAGGAGCUUGCAGAAACCCGAAAGUGA